CUUCUGUACUUACGACCCUGGAAGAUUCAUCGAGCCAAGUUGAGCCAAACGCUUCGCUUUUCACCUGUACCCAUAGUCAUUCCUUACCACUUAAGUUGUUGCUGGCUACGAUUUCAGGGAUAAGGCCGAAAUAGAAUAAAGGUAAUGGCUGGUGAAGGCGCAAAUUUAGCUGCGGCUGGAGCCGGGGCGGUGUUUGAAGUGGCAGCGUCAGCAAAUACAUCAGGCUUUUUUUUCUCAGUGAAAAUAGACAGCCCCAUUCUGGCAGGAGUCGCGCUGGCUGGAGCCCUGUCGUUGGGUGCAUUCUACUUGUCUAAAAAGCAUUCUGUUGAAAAUGCCAUAAGGAAUGCCUUAGAAGAAAGAAAUGAAAACGGAGCUGAUCCUGAAGUCAGGAACAUCGGGGAUGGUUCAAUUUUGGUGGAGCUUUACUGUCAUACAGAUCGUAGUUUGUUACAGUUCGUGGAUGACCUUGAAGCAGAGAAAGUAAAGCAUAGAUUGCAAAAAGAGUUUUCUAGAAUUGGAUUCAACAGGGAGUUAGUUGUAACCAUCAGGAAUGCCAAAGAGGUUUACAGGAAAGUGCAGGAAAUAAGGUUUUCGCGUUCGCGAGAAGUCACCCACGCCGCGCCAGUACGAGAAACACAGAUGCAGAAACUCAACCUCGGUAACAGAUGCGAUCCCGAGGCUCCACACGAGAUCAAACUAAGAGUGGUGCCUCAAAAUCUUGAUGUUAAAAAACAAGACACGUCCAGUCACCAAUUUUCUGCGGACAUAAAUAUGUUCCUAAAGCAAAACACAUUUUCUCCAACUGAAGGACUGAAUGCUUUCCUGAAAGGUUUGGAAGAUAUUUACAACCUGAGCACUCAAGCAUUAAAAUUUGACGGUCUAGAAAUACGAGUGGAAUGUGUUACCCUGGGAAGCCUUGAAAGACUCUGGAGAUACUUCCUCUCUCGCCGCCUCAAUGAAAUAGCUGAGAUGUGCAUUCUAACCGAUGAAGUAAAAAAGAAACUGAACCUGAAAAAUAUGAGACUAACAGCUGUCAUUAAAGAAGAGGACUACGAGACAUGCAGAAGGUCUUUCAUUGAGCGAGUGAAGCCAUCAAGCGCAGUUAAUAGUCAAGGCGCCGUUAUGGAACUGCGUGAGAUAACAGUUAAAAUCACCACCCACAAUGCUGGUGGUGAAAAUCUGAAGGAGUCCAACCAAAAUUUUGAAGCCGACGUUUUAAUGUUCCUUAACUGCAACACAUUUUCACCAACGAAAGGAACGGGCGACUUUCUUAAGUAUAUUGAAGAUGCUUAUAACCUACGCACCAAAGCAUUGGGGUUCGGCUGCCUAGAGAUAGGAUUGAAAUGCGCAAACGCAGAGGGCCUUACACGUCUGUGGACGGACUACGAGUCAGGUCACCUCAAUAAAACUGCAGAGAGAUGCCUUCUGACUGAUGAAGUAACCGAAAACCCUCAGAUGAAAGAUGUUAGGGUGAAAACGGUUAUCAAAGAUGGUGAGUACUUCGCAUGUAAGAAAUCGUUUUUUGAACCAACGAGGCCAAAUAAAGAGGUUGCUAGUCCAAAAAGUAUUCUAUCUUAUCACACAGACCAUUCGAAGUCACAAGCUGAAGGAAACGGUUUAAAAGAAGCCGAGCAGGGUGCCGAGGCUAACUUCACAAUAACUACACGAGAUUCAGAAGGAAAACCGUUUUAUAGCAAACAAGAACGCGUGACCGUCACAAUCAGAUCUCGAACAUGGAGAGAAAAAGUAAAAACCAUGGACCUUAAAGAUGGCAACUACACAGUCUAUUACAAACCAAUGAGUGCUGGGCGACACGACGUUACGAUUGUGAUUAACGGAUGGCCGCUGACUGGUAGUCCCUGGAGAGUUAACGUGAAGCCACAUCAGUACAAAGUAGUCAAGUCGUGUGGGUCAAGUGGAAAGGGAGAAGGAGAAUUUUCAGAACCGGGCGGGAUUGCAAAGAAUGAAAUAACAAGAGAAAUUAUUGUGGCAGAUGUGUGGAAUAGCCGCCUUCAGAUUUUUGAUGAAAAUUUGAAAUACCUCAGGACGAUAGGAGGUGAGUCGGGAUUACCAAUAACUCCAAAUGUGAAGAUUCAUAGGAUUUCGUCUGUAGCAGUCUCAUGGUUUGGUGAUAUGAUCGUCCUUGAUAAUGAUUUGGGUAUAACACAAAUGCUUGUAAUCUGUCAUAUUAGUGGGUUUGCCCGAAAGUUUACGGAGCACGUAAUUACUCCACGGACUGUUUUUGUCACAAAUGAUGAUGGUCACGUGAUCGUGUGUGAUAAUGCUGACGGUAAAAUUAAGGUCCUUUCCCCUGACGGUAAAGAAUUGCUACAGUCUUUCAUUGCCCCAGAUUGCGACAAUAGUCUCAACUGUGUAUUUUAUCAUCAGGAAAAGUUCUUUGUGUCGUAUUCCACUGCUGGCUGUGUUAAGGUUUUCAAUAAGGAAGGUUUAUUUCUAUUUAAUAUUGGAAGCAAGGGGUCUGGUGAAGGACAGUUCAACUGUCCCUGGGGCCUUGUUGUUGAUGCUUUUGAUAACCUGAUCGUCAUUGACAUUCAUAAUAAAACAAUGCAAAUGUUUACCCUAGAUGGGGAAUUUCUCGGUUCAUUUGAUGAAGAAAACCGAAAUCUCAGGGAUAUAACAGUUUGUAAAAAUGGUGACUUGCUGGUUACUAAUAUCAGUCGAGACAAUUGCGUUCUGAUUCUACGAUAA